CUCCCAAUUAUUUCUACCACCGUACAAAACGCGAGUGUGUGUGUAAACCAUACUAACUGAAAGUGUCCGUUACUACACCCCGCACCCGCUACACGGACUGCCCAGUCAAGGUCGCCUUGAAGCUACUUGACACCUGUUGUGUUAUUAUAAUACAUGUACAUUCUGUUGGAACCCGAGUGAAGAGAGAAAUGUGUUUCAAUAAGAACCUUAUUAAGCUGGCGGAUUACUUCCGACUGCAUUAUAUGUCGCGUUAAAGUGAAACAAAUUACGAAAAUCUGCGAAAUGAUCUGCCAUAGCAGAGUUCUAUUCACAAAACUUUUAUUGUGUUGCUUUGUAUCCGGAGUGUGGGGGCGGUCGUGGGCAAAUCAUCAUGAUACCACAACAUCAACAACGCAAACAACACCCACCACCACACCCACGCCGAAGAAUUUCCACAACGACCCACUCGUUGUCGAGACAAAGAGUGGGCUCGUCAAAGGAUACGCCAAGACUGUAAUGGGCAGAGAAGUACACAUCUUCACUGGUAUUCCAUUCGCUAAACCCCCUAUAGGUCCACUUAGGUUUCGAAAACCCGUACCAAUUGAACCCUGGCAUGGGGUUCUCGAAGCCACUAGUAUGCCUAACAGCUGCUAUCAAGAAAGGUACGAAUACUUCCCUGGAUUUGAAGGAGAGGAAAUGUGGAAUCCUAACACUAAUAUUUCAGAGGACUGUUUGUAUUUAAAUAUAUGGGUGCCUCAACAUCUAAGGGUUCGCCACCAUCAAGAUAAACCUCUUGCAGAGAGGCCAAAAGUGCCAAUACUUGUUUGGAUAUAUGGUGGAGGGUAUAUGAGUGGCACGGCUACUCUCGACCUGUACAAAGCAGACAUAAUGGCUUCCUCCAGUGAUGUGAUAGUGGCUUCCAUGCAGUAUAGAGUUGGUGCUUUUGGAUUUUUGUAUUUGAAUAAAUAUUUUUCCCCUGGAAGCGAGGAAGCACCCGGUAACAUGGGUCUGUGGGAUCAACAAUUAGCGAUACGGUGGAUUAAAGAGAACGCUCGGGCGUUUGGUGGAGAUCCAGAUUUAAUAACAUUGUUUGGGGAGUCGGCGGGUGGUGGGAGUGUGAGUUUACACAUGCUCUCGCCAGAGAUGAAGGGAUUAUUCAAACGCGGUAUAUUACAAUCGGGAACAUUGAACGCUCCAUGGAGUUGGAUGACUGGAGAGCGGGCACAAGUUAUUGGGAAUGUUUUGGUAGAUGACUGUAAUUGUAACAGCACCUUAUUGGCCGUCGAUCCGAGUUUGGUUAUGGACUGCAUGCGUGGUGUCGAUGCUAAGACAAUAUCGGUUCAGCAAUGGAACUCGUAUACUGGUAUAUUAGGGUUUCCAUCUGCUCCAACAGUUGACGGUGUCUUUCUCCCCAAGGACCCUGACACUAUGAUGAAGGAAGGCAAUUUUCAUAAUACAGAAGUGUUGCUUGGGAGCAACCAAGAUGAAGGCACCUACUUUCUCUUAUACGAUUUUCUGGAUUACUUCGAGAAAGACGGGCCAAGUUUUCUACAACGCGAAAAGUUCUUAGAAAUCGUCGAUACAAUCUUUAAAGAUUUUUCCAAGAUAAAAAGAGAAGCCAUUGUAUUUCAGUACACAGAUUGGGAGGAGAUAACAGACGGCUAUCUGAACCAGAAGAUGAUAUCAGACAUAGUCGGGGAUUAUUUCUUCGUCUGCCCCACCAACUACUUCGCUGAGAUUCUCGCCGACGCUGGUGUCGACGUGUAUUAUUACUACUUUACUCAUCGUACAAGCACCAGUCUAUGGGGAGAGUGGAUGGGCGUGAUGCAUGGUGACGAGAUGGAAUAUGUUUUUGGACACCCUUUGAACAUGUCUCUUCAGUAUCACACAAGGGAACGGGACCUUGCCGCUCAUAUUAUGCAAUCUUUUACCAGAUUUGCUCUCACUGGAAAACCGAAUAAACCAGAUGAAAAAUGGAGUUUAUACUCUCGUUCAUCGCCCCAUUACUACACUUACACGGCAGACGGCCCCAGCGGUAUGGCAGGGCCUCGAGGGCCUAGAGCCUCGGCCUGCGCGUUCUGGAAUGACUUCCUGAAUAAGCUCAACGAAAUGGAAAACAAACCAUGUGAUAGAGCUGUCACCGGACCUUACAGCAGCGUGGCUGGGACAAGUCUACCUAUAAUUUUGCUUACUGCCCUCGCAACAACCGUUGCACUGUAAAUCGUAAAUAAUGACACUGAAGUGAUAAGAACUUACAUGUUUUAGAUCUCGAAGACCGUAGGUAGAUGAAUAUUUAUAUACAGCUUUGGUAUAUUUAGACGACCGUAAAUACAGAGCUACUUUUGUAUAGGUAAUUAACAAAAUUUGUGGAUUAUAAUAUGAAACACAUUUUCGUAAAUAAAAAUACAUUCAUAAAAAAAGCGAUGUUCUCUACGUUAUGGUUCAGUAGAUAAACAUUUUGCAGAUAAAAACAAUUCCGAGAUGAAACCUAUAAUAAUAGCGU